AUGCUUCUGACCAGACUCUGUACAUUACUAUUUAUUCUUUUUGCUACGGUCCUCUCGAUCAGGGAGCAGGAUAAGUUCGAUAUCCUCAAUGACCAGUCCUUUGAAGAAGCUCCCGAGGACUACGAGAAGGUGUCUCACGACUCGCUUCUUUGGGGCCCAUACAACUCAGGUCGUUACUUGGGUAUCCGUCCGAGAAUCCCAGAAUCGCUAUUGUCUGGGCUUAUGUGGUUCAAUGUUGAUAGCCAGAUGGGCGUGAGUGCUGCUCGUGAUUUCUAUGAACAGGGCGACAAUAUGGCUAGGGCCAAUUGGGUGCAAUUUGAUCCACGCUUGGGUGGCAGACAGGUGAUAAGUGAUAACGAUUGUCAUAUUGAUAUCACAAUUGAUUUUGUGAAGAGUGAUAACGGACGCAAUUGGGCCGUGAAGGUUAAACUGGUGCCUCACAAGGGCCACGAGAAUGUCAAGACGUCGUUUGUCUGGUACUCUGGUCUCCAGGGUGAGAGAAAGGGAAUUGAUUCCCAAACAGCUAACGAGGGAGUCUUGAAACUCGAUACUCCUCGUGAUGAAAACGGAUACAAGGGUACUGUCAAGCUUUCAGGUUUCUCAGAAGAAUUGGGUUUGUUCGAGAUUAAGAUCAACGAUGGUGGUUCCGGAACCAAGAACAAGCAUCCAGACCCUCCAAAGGGCACUUUGAGGGAACUCAACUCUAAGAGAACGCAUCACUUGAGUUUGCGUGUUCCAAAUCAUUCAGUUUGGCAAUCGAGAGCUAUCUUUAUGACUCUCUUGAAGGAGUCGGUACAAGAGAUCGUUAGCACCUACGAACAGGAUUCUGAAAAAUUCCCACCACACGUCGUGUACCUCAUUCGUAACAUGAACAAGUACGAGGGUAAUUUGCACUUUAUCCAGAAAGUGUUUGAAGGAGCUUCAGAAUUCGACGUGGUCUAUUCUGACGUUGCUUCACCACCAACUGAAAGAAUUACUUUUGGUAAUAUUGACAACAAGAUUGAUGAGGUUUUGCUGAAGGUUAACCAGAACUUCAAGGAGAACUUCCAGCUUCUGAAGUUCCUGAAUAAACAACAAGAGUUUGGCCAAGAGAUGCUCUCUGGUCUCUUGGGUGGCCUUUCGUAUUUCUACGGUGACCAUUUGGUUGAUAGACAAUCUAAGCUUGAUAGUGAAGAUUUCUCUGCCGAUGGGGAAGGAGAUGGUACUGAGUUGCCAAAACUUAAGGGUGAACUUGAGGGCCCAUUUGAAUUGUUUACUCUUGUUCCAUCUCGUCCAUUCUUCCCAAGAGGCUUCUACUGGGAUGAAGGUUUCCAUCUUCUUCCACUCUUGAAGUAUGAUUCUGACUUGGCUUUAGAGAUCAUCAAGUCGUGGUUCAACCUUAUUGACGACGAUGGCUGGAUUGCCAGAGAACAGAUUUUGGGAGCAGAAUCAAGAUCUAGAGUUCCAGAAGCAUUCCAAGUUCAAAGUCCUGCUAUCGUCAACCCACCAACAAUAAUGCUUGCUUUCACAUACCUCCUUGAGAACUCUCAGAAGACUAAGGUUGAAGAGACGGUUGAUUUGGAUGAAGGCGAUGUGAAGGCCAAUAUCGGUAGAGUUGUCUUGAACAACCCAGAGUUGCUUGCCGACUAUACCCGUCAAAUCUACCCUAAACUCAAAUCACACUUUGAAAUGUUCCGCAGAACUCAACAAGGAUCAGUGGAGGAGUUCAACCGUGGCGAUAACUACGAGGCAUACAGAUGGAGGGGAAGAACUGUCACCCAUAGUCUUGCUUCCGGAAUUGACGACUAUCCUCGUGCUCUUCCACUUGAUGUUGCUGAGCUCAACGUUGAUCUAUUGUGCUGGAUGGGCGUGAUGACAAGAUCUAUCAAGAUGAUUGCCCAGGUCCUCGAGUUGAAGGAUGAUGAGCAGCAUUACACUAAGAUCGAGAAUGAUAUCAUUGCAAACGUCGAGGCAAUCCACUGGUCUGAAAAGGAUAAGUCCUACUGUGAUGUCUCGGUAGAUGACGAUGAUGAGAAUGUACAUGUCUGUCACAAGGGAUACAUUUCACUCUUCCCAUUCUUGACUAAGAUGAUACCAGUUGAAAGCGUGGACAAGAUCGAGCAUGUUGUUGACCAGAUCACCGACCCUGAGGAACUUUGGUCCGAAUACGGUAUUAGAUCUCUCUCCAAGUCUGACGAACACUAUAGAACUGGUGAGAACUACUGGAGAGCACCCGUCUGGAUCAACAUCAACUACUUGGUGCUUGAAAACUUACAAUACUACCAUGAAGCCACAAAGCCUCAUGCUAGCAAGGAACUCAAAAAGAAGAUCGAGCUGGCUUACUCCAAUCUUCGUAAGAACCUUAUCAAGAAUGUGUUCGACCAGUGGGAGAAGACCGGGUUCGUUUGGGAGUCAUACGAUGACCAAUCUGGAGACAACAAGGGAGCCAAAAACUUCUUGGGCUGGACAUCCACCAUUUUACUCAUGAUGGAAAUGCCAGAAAAAUUAACUUAG